AUGGAAGUAGAAUUCUCUUCACAAGCAGACUCCAAGACGUGGCUUCACAAGUUAAUCGCGAUGGCGCUCAACUCCUUCGAUUCCUCUCAAAAAGAAGAAUGUUGGGAAUUGCUCCGGUUGAAGAUAUUCCCAAAAGAAGGUUUUCCUUUGGAAGAACUAAUUGAAAUUGGAUACAUAAUUGCAGAAAAGUGUCAAGGCCUUCCUCUUUUUGUUGUUCUAGUUGCUGGACUUCUAUCAAAGAUAGAAAGAUCUAGAGAUUGUUGGGAAAAGUUUGAGGUAAAUUUGAGUUCAAAACAGUUGAUGGACAUAGUAGAUAUGAGCUAUUAG